AUGUCGAAAACCAUGGGCUGCGACAGCAGGGUACGUGCGGAGGUGUCCUGGGCCUUGACUGGAACUACCAUUGGCAGACUGUUCCUAGAUCCUCAUACAACCGUGAGCAAGUUGAAGGAGAUGCUCGAAAGGCCAGCAGAGACGCCUUCGGAGUUUCUGGAGAUUCUUUGCGAUGGGAGCAAGCUCAAGGACUCUGCCUGCACCUCCAGCUUUGCUGCCUCUCGUUUUGUGGCGUUGCUGGCCCUGCACCGUGAGCCUCCGAACCUCCUUGGCUUCCUCAAGGAGGUAUGGCAGAAACUGCUGCACGGAUCCCUGUUCCGCAGAUCCCAGAGCAUUGCGCUUGAAAGCAGAGAUGCGUGGCUCGUGUCUUACAUCAUUGCAUCAGAUCGCGCCGGCAUUCAGGUAAACCAGCUUGACACUUGGCCUUGGGAUGACUUCGAUGAUUGGCGUGACUUUUGCGGGGAGUCUUGCACAGCCCUUCAUGCAGCCGUUGCAUGGGACAGGAGCGAGGUUUGCUCGGUUCUUCUGAAGCAUCCCAAAUUUAUUGGUGUGGCCACGGCCAACGCUGCGGGGCAGACGGUCCUUCAUAUGGCCGUCCUUCGGGGGUCGCCGGCGAUGGUGGAGGAGAUCCUGAGAGACGGUCGGGUUGAUGUCAAUGCGAGGACACGAAGCGGCGACACAGCACUGGACCUAGCCGUGCUCAUUCGUGAGCAUUCAGCAGAUUUGCACCACGCCCGGUAUGAAAGAAUCGUGUCCAGGAUAGCGGAACACGCAAGCCGCGAGGCCUUUUGGGACUUGCUCCACGAAGCCGCAGCUUUCCCGGACAGGCGGCUCCUACGCAUCGCCUUGGGGUGCCGUCAUGGCAUGGACAAGUUUCUGGCCGGUGUGCUUGUUAAGGGCCGUUGGGACACAGAGUUGUUGCUUUCAGAUUUCAUGACAGCGAAGGAUUCUCGCUGCCGAAAGCGUGCACUGCAGAAACAGAAGCAGUACCGGAAGAAGCAGGCUCUCCUGGCAACGGCCCUCAGGAAGCAAAAGCUGAAGAGGGGAUCAACCGCUGCAGAUGAACCAGCGGAUGUGCCCAAGCGCAUCACAGAAGCCAUGAGCUGGGACAGCAAGGUCUGUGCAGACGUUUCCUGGGCUUUAACUGGAGCUACCAUUAGCAGACUCUUCCUAGAUCCUCAGACAACGGUCGGCGACUUGAAGGAGAUUCUGGAAGAACCAGCAAAGACGCCUUCGGAGUUUUUAGAGAUUCUCUGCGAUGGGAGCAAGCUCGACGACCCUGUCUGCAUGUGCGUUUUUGCUCCUUCUGUUGCUUUGCUUGCCAUUCGCCGCGAACCGCCUGCCCUCCUGAGUUUCUUGAAAGUGGUUUGGAUAGGCCAGUUGCUAGACGGCUCCUACUGGAGCAGUGCAGCAGAGUGGAGAGACGUGAAAGUUGCGGCGUACAUCGUUGCAGCAGAUCAAAUCGGCGUUCAGGUCAACCAGCAGGAUACUCUUUGGGAUAGAUGCUCGUUCAUCUUUGGCACCGUUUGCAAGAACUGCACGGCCUUGCACUAUGCCGCUCUUUGCGGCCAGGCAAAAACUUGCCAAGACUUGCUGGACCAUUCCGCCUUUCGACGUGCUGAUGCUCUGGCAGACGUGCACAUGCCCGAAAUUUUCAACUUGGGCAUUGACUUCUGUGGGGAGUCUUGCACAGCCCUUCAUGCAGCCGUUGCAUGGGGCAGGAGCGAGGUUUGCUCGGUUCUUCUGAAGCAUCCCGAAUUUACUGGUGUGGCCACGGCCAAUGCUGCUGGGCAGACGGUUCUUCACGUGGCUGUGCUCUUGGGGUGGCCUGAGGUGGUGGAGGAGAUCCUGAGGGACGGCCGAGUGGACGUCGAUGCGAGGACAAACUGCGGUCACACAGCACUGGAUCUCGCUGUGCGCAUUCGUCAGCGAUCAACUGCUGAAAGGAACACCAGGUACGAGAGAAUCGUGUCUCUGAUCCUGGAACAUGCAAGCCGCGACUCUUUCUUCGAUCUGCUCCAGGAAGCCGCAGCUCACGACAGACGGCUCCUACGCGCUGCUUUAGAGUGCAAUCAUGGCAUGAACAAGUUUCUGGCCGGUGUUCUUGUUCAAGGCCGUUGGACUGUGGAGUUGCUGCUUUCAGACAGCAUUCCGGCCAAGGAUGCCCGCUGCCGAAACCGUACCUUGCAGAAACAGAAAGAAUGUCGUAAGAAGCAGGCUGUGGUGGCCAAGGCCCUUAGAAAGCAAAAGCUGGACGUAUCGACCGCAGCCGAAGCACCCGCACCUUUGCCCAAGCGCCGCUUCCGGACCAAAGCCAGCAACAGCUGGAAGCUGACCGAGUUUGAUUUUUGGUGUUAA